AAUCUGAUUACAUUUUCUCUCCAUACAAUAAUAUUACACUCAUCAUCAAUUACCAGCAUCCAUGGGUUUCCGUUAGCGUGAAGAUUCCGUCUACCAUAGUUUCCGUUAUCUACAGCACAUACAAGUAUACUGAAAUCUCAAAACACACACACACACACAGAAACCAUGGGUACCCACGAGGAAGAGAGACUGCUUUUGGAGGACGGUCUUAUUGUGGAGAGUGAAAGUAAUGGACUUUAUACUGGUGACGGUUCUGUCGACAUUAAGGGGAACCCCGUUUUGAAGAGCAACACUGGAAAUUGGAGGGCAUGCCCUUUUAUUCUCGGAACCGAAUGUUGUGAGCGACUAGCCUACUAUGGGAUUGCGACUAAUCUUGUUAGUUAUCUAACCAAAAAGUUAAACCAAGGGAAUGUCUCAGCUGCUCGAAAUGUGACCACGUGGCAAGGCACCUGUUACCUAACUCCCCUUAUUGGAGCAGUCCUGGCAGAUGCUUAUUGGGGAAGAUAUUGGACAAUUGCCGCCUUUUCCACCCUUUACUUCAUUGGAAUGGGCACGCUGACACUGUCUGCAACUAUACCUAUUUUCAAACCCCCUGAAUGCAUCGACUCCGUAUGCCCUUCUGCCACACCUGCUCAAUACGCAGUAUUCUUCUUCGGCCUCUAUCUUAUAGCCCUUGGCACAGGAGGAAUCAAACCAUGUGUCUCAUCUUUCGGCGCUGAUCAAUUUGACGACACAGAUUCUGCAGAGAGAGUGAAAAAGGGUUCUUUUUUCAAUUGGUUUUAUUUUUCCAUCAAUAUUGGCGCCUUGGUAUCGAGCAGUUUAAUCGUGUGGAUUCAAGAUAAUGCAGGGUGGGGGCUCGGUUUUGGCAUCCCUGCUUUGUUUAUGGGAAUUGCUAUUGCCAGUUUCUUUUCGGGCACUCCUUUGUAUAGGUUUCAGAAACCGGGAGGAAGCCCUCUUACCAGAAUGUGUCAGGUCCUCGUUGCAUCGUGCCGUAAAUGGAAUUUGGCGAUCCCUAAUGAUAGUACCCUCUUAUACGAAACACAGGAUAAAAGCUCUGCAAUUGAAGGGAGUCGGAAAUUGCUGCACACCGAUGAAUUACAGUGCCUCGAUAGAGCCGCCAUAAUCUCGGACCACGAAACCAAAACAGGAGACUAUUCCAACCCAUGGAAGCUCUGCACAGUCACACAAAUCGAGGAGCUCAAAAUCCUAAUCCGCAUGUUCCCCAUAUGGGCAACAGGAAUCGUCUUCUCUGCAGUGUAUGCCCAAAUGUCAACAAUGUUUGUCGAGCAAGGCAUGGUCAUGGACACCUCAGCGGGCCCCAUCACAAUCCCCGCCGCCAGCCUGUCGAGCUUCGACGUCAUCAGCGUGAUCUUCUGGGUGCCGGUCUACGAUAAAAUCCUAGUCCCCUUCGCCCGAAAGCUCACGGGGAAAGAGCGAGGAUUCUCCGAACUCCAGCGCAUGGGAAUCGGGCUCUUCAUCUCGGUCCUCUGCAUGUCGGCUGCGGCUAUUGUGGAGAUCCAACGGCUGAGGAUCGCCCGGGAGUUAGACUUGGUCAACGAGGGUGUGGCGGUGCCGAUGAGUAUAUUCUGGCAGGUGCCGCAGUACUUUUUACUCGGGGCUGCUGAGGUGUUCACUUUUAUUGGGCAGUUGGAGUUUUUUUACGACCAAUCACCGGACGCCAUGCGGAGUUUGUGCAGCGCUUUGUCGUUACUGACGACCUCGUUGGGGAACUAUUUAAGUUCGUUUAUUCUGACGGUGGUGACGUGGCAAACGACCCGUGGAGGAAAAACAGGUUGGAUACCAGAUAACUUGAACGAGGGGCGGCUGGAUAACUUCUUUUGGCUGCUAGCCGGGCUGAGCUUUGCGAAUAUGGUUGUGUAUGUUUUCUGCGCCAAGAUGUAUAAGUCGAAGAAAGCGUCGUGAUCUCUGCUGAUUCUAUAUUUUUUUUCUUCAUGUUUGAGCACUUUUUAUGUGAAUGAUAGGACCUCUCUAUUACUACGUGGAUCUGUACAAGAAGUUUGUUUAUAGCUUUGUUUCAAUGCGGCUGAUCAGCUUGCUGCCUAUGGUUCAUCUUCUGUUUCGCCUCCAUUUCCACGCCGAAUCUGUCUGUGACUACAUAUAGAUACAAUCAUACAACCAAUAAUUUAGUGAACAUAUGAUUUAAUUCGUGAUAGAAAGUUUGGAACGCCAUUUUCGAA